AUGGGUAAAAGUGAAUACUUGCAGAAUGUUGAGAAUGUUUCAGAUGAUAUUCUUCGAUUGCCUGUGACUUCUUUGGUUUGUAUCAGAUGUCAUACUGAAUGUACAUCGAUCACCACAAAGUGCAAGGUGCAAGUGCGGGUGCAGGAUGAGAGUGGUAGUGUUUCUUUUGUUAUGUUUGAUAGAGAUGUUCAGAAGCUUCUUGGAUUAGCGGCGAGUGACAUAAGAGAGAGACAGGUUAAGGCCAAUGAUAUUGGAUUCCCUCAUGAGAUAUUUCGAUUGGUUGAUAAAAAGGCUGCUUUUAAGAUUGAUGUUUCAGAUUUCAAUCUUAAAAAUGACUAUCAUGUUUAUACUGUGCAACAAACAACUGAUGAUCCAGCAAUAAUUGCUGAGUUGGUUGGUGGAAAUGGUAAUGGUGAUGAAAAUACCGAUGAGGUUACUCAAGAGGUAGCUGACAUUAAAGAUGUUAACCUUUCAGACUCUUCUCAGGUGUCUGCUGAACGAACUUCAAGGGAUGUUGUCUCUGUUACGGCCGACUCUUCAGCCGUUGAAGUUGAAAAGGAUUCUGGAUCAAGUCCCAAUGGAAAGUGGAUGGCUCAAGAUGUUGAUGUUGCCAACGUUAGUGAGUUGUCCACUAAUUUGAGAAGAACCCGGAAGAAGCUGACUAAGGUUAACAAUUAG